CCCAAAACCACUGUCACUGUCAACCCAUACAACAGUCUAUUGUUUUGAUUAUCCAAACGAAUAGCGAUUGCUAUGAAAAGCGAGUCAUUGGUUGACAAUCAGAGUAUGGAUUCGUGUGAGACAUCCAUUCAAUGCAUACCAUCUGAAGGGACGGACAGUAUGUGUCAAAUGAAUGGCAACUCAUUGGCAGCACAAUCACCACCACUGGAUCCACAAACGGAUGGCACAGUGAAGCCCAUGAGAGUGGAGGCCAACAGUUGGACAAUAGAGAGCCAAACGAUGUCUUCAGCGAACGGUUCCGUAUCCGUUGAACAACAAACUCAAACCGAUCUCAUCGACGACUGUCCGCAACUCAAUGGGAGCCCAACCAUAACCUUGGGAUCCGCCACACAAUCACUCAUUCAGAGCAACACUGCUGUCAAUAACAAUACCAUUAAUGCAAACACUUCUCCAAACAAUAGUUCACUAAAUAAUAAUUUAGUUAAUAAUAAAAGUAAUUGUAUUACGAAUACAAUUAGUAGUAAUCAUAGCGUGAGUACGUCGACGACAACCACUCCCACCGCACCCGUCGUGGCCAACAAUGCCAUGGAUUUGCCAAAGACUACCACAAACACCAAUCAGACAAAUACGGCCACCAAUGCCGCUCUCAAUCAACCAAAACGUCUUCAC